AUGACUCGAUUGAGAUACUUCCUUUGCCUGUUGGCUCUUGGGCUACUGUCUUUAUCCUUGGUUGAAGCUUUGAACCUCGAUACCUUCUCUGGUCAGGCGAAUGCCUUAAGCCGCCAACGAGAGAAAGCGCUGGGCCAAUAUCGGGCCAAAGAAGAGAUACUACCCAUGCGAAUGUCUGUUCAAGCCAACGCGGACGAAGAUGAAGAUGAUGAAUUGUCGUGCAGCAAGAAGAAAGGCUGCAAGAAGGGCUGCUGUGGACCCUUGAACAAGGAAGGCGUUGGCGUUUGUGGUACUGGGCCAAAGUUCUGUGGUGAUGAUUGCACUUCCGAGUGCGACUACAAGUCGGAGUGUGAUCCAGGAUGGGGCCUCCAGUAUUCCAACUUUACCGAAUGUCCUCUCAACGUCUGCUGUAGUGAGUAUGGCUUCUGUGGCACUCUACCCAGCUACUGCAAGGGCAAGACUGUACCGUCGCCGCAGUGCAGUAAAGACAAACACAGUUCUGAUAAGCGGACUAUCGGGUACUACGAGGGGUGGAAUUACCAAAGGCCUUGUGGGAACAUGGAACCCGAGGAUAUUCCUCUUGGCUAUUAUACACACAUCAAUUUUGCCUUUGCUCUCGUCAAUCCUGAUACCUAUCGCAUUGAUCCUAUGGACAAAGGGACGGCUUCAAGAUAUGACAGGGUCACAAGGCUGAAGCAGAAGCAAGAAAACUUGGAGGUUUGGAUUGCCAUUGGAGGUUGGGCCAUGAAUGAUCCUGGAAAGUACCGAACGGUCUUUUCUGAUCUUGCAAAGUCGGAGAAGAAGCAGGAUGCAUUUUUCGAUUCAUUGAUCACCUUUAUGCAACAGCAUAACUUUGACGGUGUUGAUUUGGAUUGGGAGUAUCCUGUUGCCGAAGACAGAGGCGGUAUUGAAGAGGAUUUUGACAACUACGUCAAUCUUCUUGCUCGACUGAGGCGUCGUCUCAACUCAUCUGGGCGCAAAUACGGACUGACUCUCACUCUGGCAAGCACUUCAGUUACGGGUUUUGACAUUGUCAAUAUGGAGAAGUACCUGGACUGGUUCAACAUCAUGACAUAUGAUAUACACGGUGUCUGGGACGAGGAUAUUGAGGCGCUUGGCCCUUAUGCCCUGGCUCACACUAACCUCACCGAGAUUCACCAAGGCCUGGAGCUUCUCUGGAGAAACAACAUCAACCCGGAGCGGGUUGUUCUAGGUCUCGGAUUCUAUGGCAGAAGCUUUGCCAUGAAAAGCCCCAACUGCCUUGAAGCUGGAUGCGAGUUCAAGGAAGGCGCCAAGAAAGGUAAAUGCACGGGUACCGAAGGUGUUCUCUCGGCACAUGAGAUCACUACCAUCAUCAAGAACGGUGGUAAGGUGACACUCGAUGAGAAAGCGGGAGUCAAGAUGGUUACUUGGGACUCUAAUCAGUGGGUAUCUUGGGAUGACGCUGAGACUCUCAAGAUGAAACUGGACUAUGCCAAUGAGCACUGUCUCGGAGGUACCAUGAUAUGGGCUAUUGAUCUCGAUGAUGGAACCUUGAUCGAGGCGCUGGGGAAGGGUAUCAAGCGAAAGAAGGCAACUGUUAUUGAGCCUCCAAAAAUGAUUGAGUGCUUUGGAUCUAGUGAAUUGAACAAGGAUGAGCUGUGA